GCAAACUUGCCAAUCGGUUGAGCAUCGGCAACAGCCCUAUGGCCAGAUCUCGAUAUCUCCUAACCAAGGAAAGAUGCCAAGGUGGAUGAGGAGAAAAGAAGGUAACUGCAGUGGGUUAAUGUGGGAGGGCGAGGAUGGCCGAUGACGCGCACGACGUCAUGCCCCCACCAGCCCCUCAUCGUAAGGCUGGUUGUAUUCUGUAUUUACUCCAGGCUGCCUCGUUUCUUUCCAUCACUCAUCGGUCAAUGAGGCUUUGUCAAUUGGCUCUAUCUGUUAGCGCGUCAUCAUGUCCCAUUUCAAGGAGAAGAUUCAUGACCUCGAAGAGCACAUGAAAGACAGCCAUAUCUCUGAAAAGGCGCAUCAUUUAAAGCACAGGGUCGGCAAGUUCUUCAACAUUGUGAACCCGAACCACCGCCAUGAUGAAGAACACGAGAAGGAGACAGAUCGGAAGAGAACUGCCAUCUGCGAGUCAAACCGCUUUGGAUCCUUUGCUCCGGUCCGCCAGGGAAACAAAGUCAAAUGGUAUGUUGACGCCCUCGACUAUCUCUGGGCCGUUUCCAUAGCUUUGGAGCAAGCGAAGGAGGUGAUCUACAUUGAAGACUGGUGGCUCUCGCCGGAACUGUUCCUCCGGAGGCCUCCUCUCACAGCCCAAGAGUGGCGGUUAGAUCAAGUCCUCAAGCGCAAAGCUGAGGCUGGCGUGAAAAUAUAUGUGAUUGUGUACAAGGAGGUCAACCAAGCAUUAACGUGUAAUUCUGCUCAUACAAAGUACGCUCUCAGGGCACUAUGCCCAGAGGGUAGCCCUGGGCAUGGCAACAUCAAUCUACUUCGCCAUCCUGACCAUAAUAUUUUUGAAAAUGCCGCCGAUAUGACACUAUACUGGGCCCAUCACGAGAAAUUCAUUGUCAUUGAUUACAAUGUGGCUUUUAUUGGAGGCAUUGACCUAUGCUUCGGCAGAUGGGACACUCACCAGCACCCGUUAGCUGACGUCCACCCAUCGAACCUCAGGAUGGAGAUCUUUCCAGGGCAGGAGUUCAAUAAUAACAGGAUAAUGGACUUCCAGAGUGUAGGCGAAUGGCAGUCUAAUGAACUCAGCAAAGCCGAGUAUGGUCGAAUGCCUUGGCAUGAUGUUGCUAUGGGCGUGAUAGGCGAUUGUGUCUACGACAUUGCUGAGCACUUUGUCCUCCGAUGGAAUUUUAUAAAGCGCGACAAGUAUAAGCGGGAUCCAACCGUUGACUGGCUAUUGCUCGAGGGUCGCACGGGCAAGGAUGAGGACCUCGUUGGCGUCCAGCGCCCAAAGUUUCCAGUUGGUGAUUAUGUGCAGCACCCCUACAAGCCAUUGAACACCAAGCCUAUGGGAGCGCAAGGAUCUUGUACAGCACAGAUUGUACGCAGCAGUGCUGAUUGGAGCAGCGGCAUCCUCGUUGAACACAGCAUUCAGAACGCUUACAAGGACAUUAUCAAUAAGGCCGAACAUUUUGUUUACAUUGAGAAUCAGUUUUUCAUCACCGCUACUGGCGAUCAACAAAGCCCUAUUCUUAAUACAAUAGGGCGGUCCAUAGUCGAUGCUUGCGUUCGGGCGGGCAAAGAAGGAAGAAAGUUCCGAGUGAUUAUUGUCAUACCGGCGAUUCCUGGAUUCGCCGGAGACCUUCGACAGAACGAGGCGACGGGAACAAGGGCUAUCAUGGACUACCAGUACAAGUCAAUUAACCGGGGAGAACACUCCAUCUUUGGUCAGAUAGCGGCUCAGGGAGUUGAUCCUACAAAUCAUAUCUUCGUCUUCAAUUUGCGAGCAUAUGAUCGAAUCAACAAGACUCCUGCGUUGGAAGAACUGGAGAAAGAAGCAGGUGUAACGUUCAAUGACAUUCAGCGUGGAGUUGCAGAGACCCUCACGAGUGAGAGUGUUCACCCCUCCGUUGGCAAGGAAGGCGACAAGAAUGAGAUCAAUUACGGAGGCGCAGAAAAGGAGAGAGAAGAACGGAUUGCCAGAUUACAAAAGUACGAGGAACGGAAUAAGGCUCACGAAGCACAUUCUACUGCCAACAACAAGGAUAGUGUCUCUCACACUACAAUGCUCCACGGCGGGAAAAUGUCUGAUGAAGUGUGGGAGGGUGACCCUGAAGCGGAGAAAGAGAACUUUAUACAGGAAGAACUCUAUGUCCACGGCAAGGUCUGUAUAGUCGACGAUAGGGUGGCCAUAUGCGGCAGUGCCAACAUCAACGAUCGGUCGCAGCUCGGUUACCACGAUAGCGAGCUCGCAAUUGUUGUCGAAGACCAAGACUUUAUCGAUAGCACAAUGGAUGGAAAGCCAUAUAAGGCUGCACGCCAUGCAGCAACCCUUCGAAGGCAGCUGUGGAGAGAACAUCUCGGGCUCCUACCGGCACAAAACUACGAUGCCUCUGAGCACCCCAACGCACAGCCGCCGACCAUCUGCAUGAAUGAGAUUCUCGAGGGCCCAGAAAACGACUUCGUCACGGACCCAAUGAACGACAAUCUUUGGAAGACGUGGACAGACCAGGCCACUGUUAACACUAACAUCUACCGGCAGCUCUUCCGCACCGAUCCCGACGACAAUAUUAGGACCUUUGAGGAGUAUGACAAGUACCGCGCCAAAGAUGGCUACAAAUUAGGCCAUUUGUACGAUCCGUUCAUACCAGUCCAGGAAGUCCGGGAGAAGCUCGAUAAGAUCAAGGGACACCUCGUUUGGAUGCCAUUGGAUUUCCUGAAGGAUGCUGAAAUGGCGGAGCCUGGACUACAGGUGAAUCAGUAUACGGAAAGUAUUUACACUUAAUUUGUCGGUCUUUGAAUUUUCGAGCAAUAGGCAUACCGCCGCCAUUUCGGAUUCUUUUUCCGUCUCCAUACCAUCGGUAACAUCAAAUGCUUCUUCGCUCAUAAUCUAAUUAUACAGUUUCUUGUCCUCCGCUAGUUGGUUUAAUCAACCCGUAAUACCCGCCGCAAUGAGUUCUAGUGGUUCCCAAACAUAUUAUGGAUUCCAGAGCUGCUACCUAACUCAAUUAACCUUUCGUCCCUCACUUC